GGCAGUCGACGGGGAGGCGGCGCCGUCGGGGGGCGGCGGAGCGGAGUCUCGCGAGACGUCGGUGCCCGGGGCGAUGGAGGAGGGCGACGAGGAGCUGGUGCUGGCGCUGCAGCUGCAGGAGGAGUGGGAUGCGCGGCGGCCGUCGGGGGGGCGGUCGGGGCCGUCGGGGCCGUCGGGGCCGCCGUCGGGGGCCGAGGCCCCCCUGUCCCCGGUGGACGCGGCCUGGGAGCUGCUGGACCCCACCCCGGACCUGCGGGCCCUCUUCGUCCACUUCAACCAGCGCUUCUUCUGGGGCCGCCUGGCCGCCGUCGAGGUCAAGUGGAGCCCAAGAAUGACCCUGUGCGCCGGCCUGUGCAGCUACGAAGGAUGGGGAGGCAUGUGCUCCAUCCGGCUGAGCGAACCCCUGCUGAAGCUGCGCCCCAGGAAGGAUCUGGUGGAGACGCUCCUGCACGAAAUGAUCCACGCCUAUUUAUUCGUCACCCACAACGACAAGGAUCGAGAGGGCCACGGCCCCGAGUUCUGUAAGCACAUGCACCGCAUCAACCGCCUGACUGGAGCCAACGUGACGAUCUACCACACCUUCCACGACGAGGUGGACCAGUACCGGCAGCACUGGUGGCGCUGCGACGGGCCCUGCCGCCACCGGAACCCGUACUUCGGCUACGUCAAGCGGGCCACCAACCGGGCGCCCUCGGCCCAGGACUUCUGGUGGGAGGAGCAUCAGCGCACCUGCGGGGGCAGCUACGUGAAGGUCAAGGAGCCGGAGGGCUACGCCCAGAAGGGCAAGGCCAAGACCAAAGCGCCAGGGCAGCUGCAGGCUCCCAGCGGGGCCGGAGGCACUCCAAGUCGCCCCGUGGGCAGCCCCCAGCCCGUGACCCCUUUCAGCGGGAAGGGCUACCUCCUGGGGGGGUCCAGCAGCACCUCCCGCCCGACGUCGACCUGGCCGGGGACCGGAGGACUCGGGGAUCCCAAGCCAGCCGGCCCCCGUGCGCCCCAAUCUGGCACGCCCCGGCCCGGUGGCCAGCAGAGCGUCCUCAACUUCCCCAAGAUCUCCGUCGCCAACCGGCACACUUUCUGCAACGUCGAUGGGUCUCCUCGGAAAGGCCCCGCCGGGGUUGCCCUGGGCACCGGCGACGGACUCCCGCCGAAGCGCCCCAGGCUGGAAGACAGAACCGCUUUUGCCAACUACUUCACAAAGAAAACGCCGCCCUCCAGCACGGGUGUGAGUGGCGGUGCCCAGCCGGUACCCCUCCCUGCCCCGGCCUCGCCCUCGCCCCCGACUCUGACUGUCCGCUGCCCGGUCUGCCAAAUGCAGCUGCCAGAGUCUCAGAUUAACACUCACCUGGACUCCUGCCUCACGGGAUGACGAAGCUGGUAACGGUCUCCGUCCCCCGAGACCCUUGGCCGGGGGAAGCCAGUGGUCUGGACUCCUCAUCUGCCCCGCACUCGGGCUUCUCCCUGCCCCCGGACCUCUGGGCCCUGGCAUCAGCCCCCACGGCAGGAAAGCCCCGGCCCCAGGCUUCUCCCCGAGAGAACUCACUAGUCGAGUCUUCCCAGGCAGGAGCGCCUGAAACAUGGUCCGUCUACGCUCCCUUCCCUGGGUGACCAGGACACCGGACCCUCCUUCGUCUCUCUGGGGAAAAAGCCAGUUUUAAAAGGCAGGCUGAGAUUUUAGUCUCUUUUAGAGAAUACAUUAAAGUUUACAUUUGGCUCUGUUGA